AUGAGCGCACCGACCUUUGAAGAUCUCGAGCAGCCUCGAGGAGAACCUGCGCCGGAGCUUCUCGACGGUCGCAUCUGGGUAGAUGGCUGCUGGGACUUUUUCCAUCAUGGACAUGCUGGAGCUAUGGUUCAAGCUCGACAGCUUGGCGAUGAGCUAUACGUUGGUGUCCACUCGGACGAAUCGAUCCUUGCCAACAAGGGCCCUACAGUCAUGGAUCUCGACGAGCGUCUCGCAGCUACAGAUGCCUGUCGUUGGGUCACUAAAUCGGUUGGCCAUGCCCCCUACGUCACGCAGCUCCCCUACAUCUCGCACUACGGCUGCCGAUACGUUGUUCACGGCGACGACAUUACCUCCGACAGCGAUGGAAAUGACUGCUACCGCUUCGUCAAGGAGGCUGGGCGGUUCAAGGUAGUUAAGCGCUCUCCGGGAAUUUCCACCACAGACCUCGUUGGACGCAUGUUGCUAUGCACUAGGACGCAUUUCAUCAAGUCUCUGAAGAAGGUGCUGGCUGGAGAAGAGGGCGUAGGCACGGCAGAGGAGCGCAAGGUCCAGUCUGAGGCCAUGUUGGACAGAAUUAAGCUGUACGCGACGGACGAGACUGCAAAGAACCCCGGCGUCGAUGUCUGGUUCUGGCAUUCCGCAAUACCCGAAAAAGCAGGUUCCAGCGAGGGAGUCCGCGGAUCCUACGAGAGCUUCCUCGAGGGAGCUGGCAAGAAGCCUGGCCAGCGCGUGGUGUACGUCGAUGGCGGCUUCGAUCUCUUUUCCAGUGGCCAUAUUGCAUUCCUGUGUAAGGUACUGGCAGAGGAAGACAAGCUUGCGCGCGAGGCAGGCUGGUUCUCCGCAGAGGCCACGGAGAAGAGAAAGCAGGCAAACGGUGGAAAGGACUACGGCCCGGCAUAUGUCGUGGCGGGUGUUCACGAGGACAGAGUGAUUAAUGAGUGGAAGGGCGUUAAUUACCCCAUCAUGAACAUCUACGAGCGUGGACUCUGCGUCCUUCAGUGCAAGUAUAUCGAUGCGACCGUUUUCGGGGCUCCUUUUACGCCGACUGAGAGCUACCUUUCGGAUCUGCCAUGGGGCAUUCCCCACGCAGUCUACCAUGGACCGACAGCAUUUAUGCCCUUGACAUACGACCCGUACACGGCACCCAAAGCGAUGGGCAUAUACCGCCAGAUCGGUGAGCACACGUUCUCUCACGUCAAUGCGGGCGAGAUCGUGCAGCGAAUCAUGAAGAGCCGCGACAUGUACGAGGCGCGACAGCGGGCCAAGGGCGUCAAGGCUGAGGUGGAAGCGGCGGCGAGGGCGCGCGAGCUGUUAGAGGAGGAGCAGCGCAAGAAGGAGGCGGAGAGGGGAGUCUUGUCAGGCUGA